CUCGCCCCCUGCUGAUCCGGCUCUGGCGUCUGGCGAGGGCUCCGCGGCCCGACCCGGCUGGCGCGCGGGCGGAGCCGGGGCGGCAGAGCUGCUGCUGGCUGAUUGCACCGGACUGCGGGCCGCGACAUGGACUGUCCUGUGCAGCCCGAAUCCCGGCCUCGUUGAGCCAGGCACACCAAGAGCUUUCCACCGAAGAAGCCCCUCCAAGCACUGACCAUGUCUAUUAUGGACCACAGCCCCACGACUGGGGUAGUCACAGUCAUUGUCAUCCUCAUCGCCAUAGCUGCCCUGGGGGCCUUGAUCCUCGGCUGCUGGUGCUACCUGCGGCUGCAGCGCAUCAGCCAGUCAGAGGAUGAGGAGAGCAUCGUGGGCGAUGGCGAGACAAAGGAGCCCUUUCUACUGGUGCAGUAUUCUGCCAAGGGGCCAUGUGUGGAAAGAAAGGCCAAAUUGAUGACCGCCAACAGCCCGGAAGUGCAUGGCUGAGCUGGGCUGCGAAGGCCAUGGUUCUGUUUGCAGCCAGCCCAGAAGCACUGAGAGGGCAGAAGCAGACAUGUUGCUAUGUGAGAGGGGUUGACACUUGCUGGCAUGGUCUCCUUGGGCUUUGACAUCGCAUGCACUGACUCCAGGUCCCAGCUCUUCUGGCCUCCUCCUCAGCCUCCUGGUGGGCUGUCCAUUGCAGGCAGUGGGCAGGCCUGACCCUGCUGGGGUUCAUGGCCUCUCAGCGCUUUCUUUACUUGAAUGUUUUAGCUGAGCCUGUUCUUGAUGGAGCUACUACUGUAACGCGUGAACUAACCAACCUGUGAACUGUAAAUAGGCCCAGAAGCACGUGUUUAAGCCUUUUUGCCAAUUUUUAAAAAACACCAGAUGGAUGGACUGGCUUGAUAAUGACUGUACUCAUGUGAGCUGAGGUAUGAUCAUGGAGGGUCUUCGACUGGUCAGGCCCCAGGUGCCCUUGGCAGGGUGCACUGAGGUCUUAGCAAUGCAUACGGAAAGGAGGUGAAAGGUGAAACUGGGGUGCUUCAACUUGCUUAGCAAUGGAGGAAAACCGCACCUCUCCCUUUCUUUACUUCAGCUUUGUUAUAUAGCAGUGUGUAGAUUUGGCAGUUACUGCGAGGAAGCUGUUAUGCGUGCUUGGAAGCCUAUGAAGGACAUCUCGAGAGUCCCGAGGGUUGCCAGGCAGCUUAGCAGAGCAGUCUCUUGCCCUUUGGUUUUGAGCAUGCCCAGUACAGCCCUUCAACACAGGCUUUGCAGAAAACUGCUCUGGUCCUCUGGAAACACCAGAGCCCGUGGUAGCUACUUGAAGUCUGAAACCCAGUUGGCCCAGGAAGGCAAGGUUUUGUUUUUGUAUUUAAUAUUUUCUGCACUGGAAUGAGGGUUGGGGGUAGGGGUGGCUUCUCCCCCACCCCCACCCCCACCUUUUCACAAGUGAGCUUCCUUUUCUUCUCCCAUGGGUAUUGGGUUUCACUUUGAUCCUUGGGGCUUUGUAGACAGAGCUCCCUGUCCCAGCUCUCAAGGUACUGUGUGCCACAGAAGGUCCUUUCUAGUGUGCACACGAUCACUUACGACAGAGUCACCAGGAGUCCAAGUUCAGGGCCCAGAUCUCACUGGUAAGGGAGCCAGCAGCAUGCCUCCAGGCUAUUUCUGAUGUCUAUAAGCUUGCUCAGAUGUUAACCCACCACCACAAUACGCAUUCUAAACUAUUACGAGUAAACCUGACUGUGCUGGCGCCCUUGGUGAUGAGUAGGUGGCUAGCUAGCCCUGGCAGCAGAGAGCUUCAGGCUAGUCUGGGGACAGCUUUAAAAAGCAUGUAAACCUAAUCCAUUUUCUGGAACCCCAAGGGAGGAGCUGUAGGGAACACUUCUUUUUAGCAGUGUAUACCAAUAUGUGGACAGGGGAGGCAGAUGCUAAGAAACAGUGUAAGGUAAGGAAGGACAGCUAAAAAGGCCAUUUGUGAAGGUAGGAACAAGACAGCUCAGGCGGGCAGCUCCGGCAGAAACAGCUGAAGAAAGACUCUUGGGCACUGGUGAGAUAGCUAAGUCACACAAGAGGUAGGCAAGGACGGACUGGCCACAGCAGGGGCUGCUAAGGCUGGCUUGGAUGUGUUAGACCUGGGAGCAGUGACUCUGUAGUUCUAGGAGGGGAACAGAAGGUUUCAAAGGAUCUGCCCUGGAGUUGGCUGAGGCUGAAGGCUCUGACCCAUUCCCGCCCCACACCCACCUUUCUACCUCUGCUUCUUGCAGCCAGCAGCCUAAACACUGCUGACCCUUUCCUCCACCAUCCACUGACCUCUGCACCGAAGUUUGAGCAUGUGCAUCACUGCACGAUACAGGCUGCAGCUGGUAUUCUGCUGAUGAAGUCUGUUUUUCAGACAUCAUCACAUUCUUAUCAUUUACACUUUGGGGGAGCUUCCUAUCACACACCCCCCCCCGCCCUCGUUGCCAGGGGGUCUUUCAAGUUUGAGUUAGUCCAUACAGAGGGGCAUGAGUGAGUAAGUUCAGGCUGUGGGGCACUGGGGGGUCCCAGGGGGGAGAAUAAGCACCUAUGGAACUAUUGAACAACCAUGCAAGUCUUCCCUGCCCUUGGUUCACUAGCUACCUUUUCAAGUGUGCAGCGGAGCCACACGCUGCAAUGGUUAGUGAGUCACGACUUCCCUUCACAUUCUUCCCAGUAGUGUAACUGUUGUGGUCAGGUCUUCCGAUGAGCAAGAGGCUAGCCUUUCAUCCUGGGGAGCAUGCAGGAACUCCGAGGCUAAGCCACUGAAGCGAGGACUGACAUUUCUAGAUAUAUGUUCAAGCGGACCGUGCUACUGUUGUGUCUCAAAGCUACCAGUUUGUGCAAUAAGUGGAAGGGAUGACAUUCCUGAUCAAUAAAUGCUGAAUGACAUUCAAGUUCAUUUUGUAGACCACUGAGAAAAUCUUUAUUUACAAUAAAUUUCAAUAAAAUUUGCAUAACUAUA